AUGAGUAAACAUAGACAUUCUAAAGAUAAAUUAUAUAUUACUUAUAGUGAACAUAUGUAAGAAAGAGAAGGUAAAAAGAAGAUAAGACAACUCCUUUUACUCGAUUACCCUUUGAUCAUUGUUCAUUAUCUCUUGAACCAUUUAAGAAUCCUGUAUGCACAUCUGAAGGUCAUGUAUUUGAUAUUGUUAACAUUGUACCAUUUAUUAGAAAAUAUAAAAGAAAUCCUAUCAACGGAUAAUCUCUUAGAACUAAUGAUUUGAUUCAAUUGAAAUUUAAUAAAAAUGAUAAAGGACAAUAUCAUGAUCCUAUAUGUUUUAAGGUAUUUAUAGAUCAUACUAAAUUGGUAACCACCAAGGUAAGUGGAAAUGUAUAUACAUCUGAUACAAUUGAAGAGUUGAAUCGUAAACCUAAAUUUUGGAAAGAUCUCAUAAGUGGGGAGACUUUUACAUACAAAGAUAUAAUAGUAUUAUAGGAUCCUAAGAAUAUUGAAUCUAGAACAAUUAAGAAUUUGAUUUCCUGAA